AAACACAUACUAACAUUAUAAGGGCAACCUAGGAAACAUUAUAAAAUAAUGAAAUAAUCCCGUGGCAGGGGACCUUUAACUCUCAGUCUCAGCUAAAGUGCUCAAAUGCAAAACAUGUUUUCAUUUAAAGUUUUUGCAUUUUCAAGGCUCAUGUGAAUUAAGUCUUCACUCAGGAUUGUGAAAAUACAUGGAAGAAUGAGAACAGUCCCACACACUCGAUAAACAAGCACAUUGUGCUGUUUACAGAAGGAUUCUGACCUCAUUAUAUCACAGUCCACAUGGUAGCUGAAAACCGCUCACUGAAUCCUGCAGUAUGUAAACUGUGACUUUUUUUCUACUUUUAAAUUUAUAAUUGAUGGGCUAGAUCAAAUAUUUGAUGAAUUAUAAGACGCUGUUUUAACACACUUUCCAAAGCUGCACCUUAAGGUAAUUUAGUGUUUGGAUGGAUGGGUGUUGAUGUCAUCAGCCAUGUGCUUAGAUUGUAUCUAUUUAAGUGUGCCCUUUUUCUGUUGUGCAACAUUAAUGACCUGUUAACACAUUAGUUGCUCGUAGUGUCUGUUUGAGGAAAUUGUGACUGAUUUAAUAUUUCCUAGCCCUUUAAUGAUCAGUGGUUAUAGUAUUAGUAUUAGUAGUAAUAAACAAUUUUAAUAUCAAUUUAUCAUGUUAAAUACAGAGGAUUGUUGAAAUCAUGCUAAUUUAGAAAGCAAUUAGUUUUUGAACCUACUGAUUUUUUUAAUGGUGAGCUUUACAUACAAAAUGAAAAUCAUAGACUUGAAUACACUAUUUAUCAAAAUUCAUACUUAUGGAAAUAUUUAUGAAACUAGUGGUUAGGAUGUGUACACAUAGGCCUAUAUAUUAAUACUUUUUACUUGAUAGUAACACAACUUUUAGAUCUCCUCCUGCCUAGGCUUCUCCACAUCAUUCAAGUCAUUAAAUCAAAACAUUUGUUGGAAAUGGUAUAAAUAUUCAUUAAAAAUAUUUGAAACGAACAUGAAUAGAUUACAUCUGUAUUUUGCACAUGCAUUUAAAACCAAAUUGUUAAAAGCUAAAAAAAGUGUUUUCUGCUCCUAAUGUAUAGGGGCUAUCGAUGAUCCAGAUGAAUAGCCUAUACAUCAAUUUUGAAAUGUCAUGCACCCUAUUUAUAUUCACACCACAGCCCAACAGUAGCCUGCAUUCUUUCGCAAACAUAGGCUAUUUCAACUAAUGAUUAACAAAAUUCCUCUAAAUCUGAGCGUGUGACUACACACUAGUCUGUGCUUUAUGAAAGCACAACCUUUAUGUUUUGUGAGUAUAAAACGCCCAAAAAUGUGCUUGAUCUGUUUUUUUGGAGCGCUGGUCAUAACAAGCGGAGUUUUUAGCCAAGACACAACAACUGUACUGCCAGAGGUUCGAGAAGUGUUUGCAGCAGUGGGUUCAUCUGUGAAGAUACUGUGCACUGACGGAGGGGAAAAAGGGGUGGAGUGGAGAUUUAACAGCUCAGUGCUCAUCUCAAGCCCUGUUCUUUUCAUGCAGAACACUAGUUUGAAGAACCAAGGCAUCUACACCUGCCACCAACCAAACGGAAACCUGAUACUAACAGUAUCUCUACACCUGGGAUAUCCCCCUUCUCCUCCGGAUGUGCAUUGUUGGUCUCCAACUUACCCUAAAAGGGCCAUAUGUUCUUGGACACUGACUCCAGAACCAAUACUUCCAACCCACUAUAUUGCUACAUACAGGAGUUUUUCAGAACCACUCUCAAGUGCCCGUCAAUGCCAGAAAUGGGAGGGACAAGACAGGCAAUGUGCGCUAGAGGAACUGGAGAUCUUUGCAGGAGAACCAACUCUUAUCAACAUCACAGCUAGUAAUGCUCUGGGAAGCACAACACGUAUAUGGCCAUUUAUAUUUGAGCAGAUAGUGAAACCUGAUCCUCCGGUGAAUGUGAGCGUGAUGGUAUUGCCAGGAAAGAAGUUGUCUGUUCAGUGGGGUCCACCACCCAGUUGGCCGGAUCCUGUCAACUUUCUCCUUAAAUACACAGUGAAAUACCACUGGGGCAAACCUGGGACAGCUAGAACUCUUGGCCCUUAUGAGUCCAGCAAAAUGGUUCUGAGUGGACUGGUGGCAGGAAGGACUUAUUACAUCCAAAUAUCUGCAAAAGACUUCCUUGAUGAUGGGCGGACCAGUGACUGGAGUGCACCAAUAAGUGCCACUAUACCCAUCAACUGAUGAAUCACUGAAUUGACCAAAAGUGUUAAGUUUCAAUGUUUAUUAUGUCACCGAAGUGUAACUGUUUAUAAAGGCAAUUUUUACCAAUAUGCCAGUUCAGUUUGCUAAAUUUUCUUAAUUAAAAAAAUGUUAAACACCCA